UUCCGGCUGAGGCUUUGGGCAGGACCCGAAGAUAUGGGCACUACCUGGCGGAAUCCGGGGUGGGUGCGGCUCGCGCUCUGCCUCGCGGGCUUAGUGCUCUCUCUCUACGCGCUGCACGUGAAGGCGGCGCGCACCCGGGACCGGGAUUACCGCGCGCUCUGCGACGUGGGCACCGCCAUCAGCUGUUCGCGUGUCUUCUCCUCCAGGUGGGGCCGUGGCUUCGGACUGGUGGAACACGUGCUGGGCAAAGACAGCGUCCUCAAUCAAUCCAACAGCAUAUUUGGUUGCAUCUUCUACACACUGCAGUUGUUGUUAGGCUGCCUGCAGGGCCGCUGGGUGUCUGUUCUACUGAGGUUGAGUUCCUUGGUGUCUCUAGCUGGUUCUGUGUACCUGGCCUGGAUCCUGUUCUUCGUGCUCUAUGAUUUCUGCAUCGUUUGCAUCACUACUUACGCCAUCAACGUGGGCCUGACGGUGCUCAGUUUCCGAGAGGUCCAGGGACCCCAGGGCAAGGUCAAGGGGCACUGAGCCCUCACCCCAAGCCAGAGUGACCUUUGCCCAAGAAGGCCACGUCUGGGUCCUUGGAAGAGUCUGCAAGUUGCCCCUGCCAUACUCCCACACAGGACAAUGAACCAAACAUGCCACACUGUUUCCUCUACCUUAGUGCCUCUGUUUCUGUCCCCAAAGGCUGAUUUCCAAAGCUCCUGCUGUUUCUCCAGGAGGGAAGGUUUGGAGCAAUAAAAUUUCUUAUUUAAAUUGGCCAAAUCUGAGCCAUCUGUCUGCCAGGGACCUUAGUAUUGGGCUUCCCCUGAUCUUUCCUCCUCUGGGACUGGAAGAUAUGAGUCAGAGGGAGAGUGGAGGGCCUGCCUGGGAAGGGUGAUUAGUCCCUUCUCCAGUAUGUGGAGUCAGCAAAACCUGGGGCGCCAUCAGCCCCCACCCCCAGGAAACAGGCUGGCAGCUUGUGCCUGCUACCCACAGAAGCCAGGCCUCAUUUUCUUGGGUAGCCAGGUAUGUGCUUGCAAGGGCGAGCUGACUUUCUGGUUCUGUGCAAACGUGCCUGGAAGUUCUUCCUGUAGUCUAACCUUAACCCCUCCAG